CAGUGCCCUCUGUUUGGUUUGCAGGUACAGCAUAGAGACAUCGAGAACCACGGGAAGAUCGUCAGCUCUGUGGUGAAACUGUGCAGAAGGAGUUCAGAUUGCGGCCGGUCCACGCUCGACGUCGUCAUCGGUUUGGAGAGGCGCUGGCACCUGCUGUUUUUGCGCUCGUUGGAAUGGCAAUGCUACUUCGAGAACUACUUCAAAAAAAAUAACGCAUUGUUCUCGGACAGCGAAUCCGACGAGGGUCCAGUGAAGAAGCAACCACGUCUCUGCAGCGGAUCACCAGUCUCCAAAGAAUGUUUUUCCGCAGAGGCCACCUCCACGACGACGCAGAAUGAUAUUGAUGAAACCGAUGGCAAUCACGAAAACGGAACAAUGAGCGGUAACCAGGAGAACGACACCAGCAGGAGGCCAGAAACAGAAGACGCACAAUUCAACAUAUCGAACCAGAACGCACCCAAUAGGGUCAUGUUUUAUUUCAAGCACGUGGACACGGAUUCUGACAUGGAGAAGAUUGAGCAACUACAGAACAUCGCGUUGGAGGCGGAGGCGCAGACCAAUUCUGAAACUUCCGAGGAGGAGUGGACGUACUCUCAGAAAACCCCUAACAAAAUCCCAGACUACCGGAAGAUUGUGCAGGAGGUUGAAGAGAUGGUUAGCCCAAUAAAGCAACGCGUCGGAAACCCGACCGGCGAACCGGCUUUGAACAAGAUGACUCGCAUCAAGCAGUGGUUGAAUAUGGAUAACAACAAGCCGGAGGACAGUUGCGACGCCAGCAGCGAAGACGAGGAGAAUGAAUCUGAGUCUUCGGAGGAGCAGAACGAGAGCAUUGCCACCUACAAGGCGCGGGAGUCCUUGAAUGCCUCCUGCACUGAUUUGGGUGGAUUCUUCGUGUCCACGCCUAAAGUGGUGUAUCGCCAAAGACACCAGAAAUCGAACAUCAAAGGGCAGCGCCCCUCGUCCAUCGCUUGCAUCACGCAACUUUCAAAAUCGUCGCAAAGGAUUGAACAGGAUGCGCCAACCUACUCUAUUUCGGAAUCCGCUCUGCACACUAUGCCAUUAACAGGAAGCCUCAGCAACAAUCAGGGAAAUUCCACAUCGUCGACCGUGGAAGACAGCUGUGCCAUAUUGAACGAGGAGAAUAGCUCGCCGAUCAGACGGAAGCGGUUCAAAUUGAAGAAGAAAGCCAGUUGCGUUUUGAGGAAGAUGGAUAGUGCGUCUCCUUACAACGGUGCCGCCAGUCGUGAACUCAGGUCUGGCACUUUGGUGAAAUCAGGUUCAUUCUCAGGAUGCGGCUGCAAGUCUUCGAAUUGCGACCGCCAAACGGUGAGCGAUCCAUCCGCAACUCCGGUUGGACAAAAUUUCGAAACUUCUGCUACUAGUGGUGCUGACACGGAUGAAGAUAAACGCGCUAGAAGGAUGCCGAUGUUCAAGCUUGGUGCUAAAACAAAUUUCGCUGUGGAAGGUGAAAGAGACGACAGCCCGGGGAAAUUCAGUUUGACGACAAACGAAGAACAGUCCAUUCCUUGCGAUGAAGCUUGGGAUGGUUACCAGGAGAAGUACUCGUCUGAAGCUUAUAGCGAGGCGCCCGAUUCAGACGCUGCUAGAAGACUUUGGGAGUUCGGAGAAGAUUACAGAACACAUUUCGGCAGUCAGUCAGAUUGGUCUGCUCAAUCCAGUCACCUGGAGUUCUCUCCUCAGUUCCCCAGGAAAUGCUUCACCACCAUGAACGUUAUCGAUUCCGACCAAGAGGCCAACAAUCUUCGUCAACUCUUGAAGACUUCGCGCAAUCAGCUUCACUACACCGAUAACAUAUUCCAAAAACAAGAAAACUUAGGCAUUGAAACUUAUUUAAUAAAUAACGAUACGAAGGAAUUGACUUCAACAUGUGAUCGCCACAUAAAUUGCUUAGCUGACGAGAAGUGCGAUGUUUUGUCUCCGUUAGACAAAAAGGAUAUUUCAGAUUUGAUCAUGAGUUGGCAAAAGUUGAAGGAUCGCAUUCUUAAAAUGCAAGAGUACAGGAGCUUACAGAGCGAAAUUCUGAGGUUGACGCAGCUGUUGAACGAGAUCCAGAUCCCUGCCGGGGAUGCUGCCUUCACAGUGAACAACAUCGAAGAUUUGAGCAGGGACAUCGAUUUCUAUUCGGCCGAGCUCAGCAACAUCGAGGAGCACAAAAAGAAGCUGCUGAUCGUGAACGUCGCCGUGAACCAUUUCAUGACCGAAAACGCCGACUACAAUUCGUCCAGCCUGAAGUCAAACGUUUCCGAGCUGUACCGUAUUUGGUACGAAAUUAACAACAGCGCAACUGAACGUCUGAACCGACUGAAUCUGCUGCUGCAGAGCUGGAAGAUGCUGGAGACCAGGCUGGAUCAACUGAGAGGCGAUCUACGCGACGAUGAGCAGACCUUGGGCGCUUUGGAUUCGGCUCUUCAGGGUGGCACCUUUUCCAAUCAGAUGGCCUCCUCGGUGCGAGGUGUCGCCAAGCUCCUCUCCGAGACUAAAACAGAGGGUUGUAGCUUCUCGGAGAUGUUGACGGAGGGAUCUUUCUCGGACAGCGGCAUCUCCGAUGAGGGGUCGGAACAUGACCUGGGGGAGCGCGAGAGGAGGUUGUCGGCGAUCCGGAGGUUGGUGAGGCAGCUGGAAAUCGUGAUGGCACCGGAUAGUGCAGCCCGGGUUAGGAUGAGGGAGCGGCUCGCCGCCGCCGAGGAAGAGCUGAAGACGUUGCAGAACAAGUGCCGGUCGAUCAUCGUGAGGACGGCCGUCUCUGCAGCCGCACCUCUGAGUGAAUCGGUGGUUGCAGCAGGACCCAGCGGAGACCCAGGUGAUGACGGUCCAGCAACGAAGACCGCCUCCUGGUUCAAGCGUGUGGUCCGCGCGUCGAUCUCGUUCCACUUCGCUAUCAUGGCUUUGCUCUUCGUGGCCUGCCUCCUGGAGCCGCACUGCUGCGACAAUAUGAACAACAUGCAGAUGUCGAUGAACCCACAGCUGCAGUACGUCCGUGGAACACCCCCGAUCUGAAGCUCAUGUCAUCUCAGUUCACAUUAUGCGUACCGUCUUUAUAUACUCUUGUAAACCGCAAGAGCCCCGAGUCAACUGAGAAGGAAAGGAUCCGAAGAAGAACAAAGAAUCCCGAUUGCUCACACACAUAUUUUUCUAGUAAUAUAAUAUUUAUAUUCGACCAUUUUGUUUUUACCUAC